CCCAAACCCUAGCAGCGAUCCACUCCCCCAUCCCACACGCGCGAGAUCCCUCCCCCGAUGGAGCAGGCGAUCGAGGAGGAUGGGGUCAAGGAGGAGGAAGGGGAGGAGGACGACGACUACUACUUGGAGCCGGAGGAGGAUCCGCAGCUCCAGCUGCUGCUGCCGGCGGGGCCAGGGCGGCGCGGCCGCGCGCGGGAGGAGAAGGAGCGGACCAAGCUGCGGGAGCGGCAGCGGCGGGCGAUCACGGCGCGGAUCCUGGCGGGGCUGCGGCGCCACGGCAACUACAACCUGCGGGUGCGCGCCGACAUCAACGAGGUCAUCGCGGCGCUCGCCCGCGAGGCCGGCUGGGUCGUCCUCCCCGACGGCACCACCUUCCCCUCGUCCUCCUCCCAGAUUUCCUCUCCUCCUCCGCUCCUCCUCCAGCUCCACCACCAGCAGCAGCAGCAGCAGCAGAGCCUGGCCCGCUGCUCCUCGCCGGCGCCUCCCCUCCGCCUCCGCGGCAUCUCCCCCGUCGCCGCCCGCCCCCUCCGCUCCUCCUCCCUCCUCUCGCCGCCCCACGCCGUCCCCGACCCGCUCCUCUCCCUGCCGCCCAUGGACCCGCAGCAGGUGCCCGAUCUGCUGCCCCCGCGCCCACCGGAGCGCGACUUCGCCGGAACGCCCUACGUCCCCGUCUAUGUCAUGCUCCCGCUCGGGGUGGUGGAUGGCAACGGCGAGGUGGUGGACGCCGACGUCCUGGUGGGCCAGCUGCGGGUCCUCAAGGCUUCAGGGGUGGACGGGGUCAUGGUCGACUGCUGGUGGGGGAAUGUCGAGGCGCACAGGCCUCAGGAGUACAAUUGGACCGGUUACAAGCGACUCUUCCACAUGAUCAGGGAGCUCAAGCUCAAGCUGCAGGUGGUCAUGUCAUUCCAUGAGUGUGGAGGCAAUGUUGGAGAUGACGUGUCAAUUCCUCUCCCAAAUUGGGUAACAGAGAUUGGAAGAAGCAAUCCAGAUAUCUACUUUACUGACAGGGCUGGCAGGCGUAAUACGGAGUGCCUUUCAUGGGGCAUUGAUAAAGAAAGGGUUCUGCAAGGACGGACUGCGGUGGAGGUUUACUUUGACUACAUGAGAAGCUUCCGAGUAGAAUUUGAUGAAUACUUUGAGGAUGGGAUCAUUUCAGAAAUUGAGAUUGGACUAGGGGCUUGUGGAGAGUUGCGAUAUCCAUCUUAUCCAGCAAAACAUGGCUGGAAAUACCCUGGCAUUGGAGAAUUUCAGUGCUAUGACAGAUACUUACAGAAAAGUUUGAGAAGAGCUGCAGAAGCACGAGGACAUACCACCAUAUGGGCAAGAGCACCAGAUAAUGCAGGCCAUUAUAAUUCUGAGCCAAAUCUCACUGGAUUUUUCUGUGAUGGAGGAGAUUAUGAUAGCUACUAUGGCCGUUUUUUCCUCAAUUGGUACUCCCAGGUGUUGGUGGAUCAUGCUGACCGUGUACUAAUGUUAGCCAGGUUGGCUUUUGAAGGAACACACAUUGCUGUUAAGGUGUCAGGCGUACAUUGGUGGUACAAAACUGCCAGUCAUGCUGCUGAAUUGACUGCUGGCUUUUAUAACCCAUGCAACCGUGAUGGUUAUGCCCCAAUUGCUGCUGUACUGAAAAAACAUGGUGCAGCUUUGAACUUUACAUGUGUUGAACUGCGAACUAUGGAUCAGCAUGAGGUAUUUCCUGAGGCCUUUUCAGAUCCAGAGGGUCUUGUAUGGCAGGUGCUAAAUGCUGCUUGGGAUGCUGGUAUAGUAGUAGCUAGUGAGAAUGCUCUGCCUUGCUACGAUAGAGAUGGUUUUAACAAAAUUCUGGAGAACGCAAAGCCACUGAAUGAUCCAGAUGGGAGGCAUUUACUAGGAUUCACGUACCUGAGGCUCAGUAAAGUCCUCUUUGAGAGAGCUAAUUUUUUGGAAUUUGAGCGCUUCGUCAAGAGAAUGCAUGGUGAAGCGGUUCUAGAUCUACAGGUAUAGGUUGAUAAGGGUCCUUACAUAUACAUAUACAUGCCAUUAUAAUUGGCAUGAAGGCCUUAUAGGUUAUGAUGGGGGAAAGAGAGAUGGCAUUGUUUCUUUUGUAGGUUGUAGAAGUAUACUACCAGCUGAUUUUUGAGCUAUAGAGGGUCUGGCUCCAUGGUGUAUUUAGCAUACCCUUGGCAGAGUUGUCAGGCAGAAAAUUGAUGUCUUCAGUUCAACUAAGGUUAGAAGCAGGUGUAAUUCUGUGGAUUCUUCAGACAGUCGUCGAUUUGUCAUGAGAUAAGAACUGCUCUGUGAGCAGGUAGUGGCCUUGUAAAGAUUGAGGCCGUAUU